GAUACAGUUUUAACUUUUAAGUCAUUGUCAUUUACCAUCUCAAUUGUGAACUCAAAUCUCAAAAAUCUGAGCUAUUAGAAACAACGAGUACUAACGGUUUUCUCUUCGUCGUCUUCGAACGGUCAAACACGACGUGUAGUAUUACAGAAGUCUGAAGACGCACAUCUAUUUAUUCACCAAAAAAUGAAUAAAGAUAUGGGAUCAGAUCUGAAAAAUAAUGCUGCACACAUCAGUUCAUUAAACAAAACUCCAGUCACUAUUGUACAAGAGUAUGCGGCUAAAAAUCGCCUUGUUCCUCAAUACGAUCUCAUAUUUGAUGGUACUUCUUGUAGUAUGGUCAAAUUUAAGUAUAGUUUAACUGUGGGUAAUUAUGUAGCUGUAGGCCAAGGGUCUUCCAAAAGAGAAGCUAAACAUGAGGCCGCAUUUAAGCUUCUUAAUUUAAUGAUUGAUGCUAAACCUCAAUUAUUGAAUACUGAUUUUAAAAAAUGGGAUUUUGAUAAUCAUGUGGUAUCUCCAUAUGAAAACAGUAUUAAAGUUAAUGCUGUUGGAAAAUUGAAUGAAAUUUGUGCAAAUAAUAAACUAGGAUUGCCUGAAUUUAAUUUAGUUAGAGAAGAAGGUCAACCCCAUGUUAAACUAUUUACUGUGAGUUGUCAAGUAGCUAAAUUAAUUGUAACAGCAAUACACAAAACUAAAAAGCAGGCCAAACAUUUUGCCGCUGUUCAGAUGAUAAACAAAUUAAUGUCAAUUGACAAAUCACUGGUUAUGGAAGAGGCAUCACAAGAAUCAGACUCUAAGAACAUCGUGGACCAGGUAAAACUUCUCAAAUCAAAGCUUUUAGGUGUCAAAAGCAAGGUUAGACCUAUGGAUGAAGAUAUCAGCAACUAUCAUAUGCUUUUUAAAAAAUCUGAAUUUAUAAGUACGGAUACACUAGAUAAGGUUAUCAAUCAGUACAAAAAAACUGGUAAAUUGGAAUUACUUGAACCUUUUGACAUUUUAAAUAAAAUUGUCACUGAAAAUGAAAUGGACCUGACUUCAGUACCUGUAGAAGAAGUAUUUGAUGGUGUAGCACUAGCAAAAUUUAAUUGUUUACUUGCUAUAGAAAGUGUAUACCCUCCUAUUGUUGGUGUGGGUGAAGCUGACACCGUUGAACAGGCUAAAUCUAUUGCUGCAACAGAGGUACUUCAUGCAAUUUGUAUAUUAUUAAAUUAA